CACCUCUCCUCCGGCACGGGGUCUUUUCAAGUUCAUUGUCGCAUGUUUUUAUUUCAUUCCCCACACGCGCCGUGCAGCCGUUUAUUCAGGAUAUAGACCGUUGAUUUUGCUCGCCUAGGAGUUGUCAUGUGAUGGUGAUGGCUCGCCCUCCUCCAGACCCAUUGUACAUCCUGAGGGGUUCAGGUGCUGCAGUGAACACCCUGCACUUCUGCUGUAGUAGACAGGGGCCUCCACUGCUGUACUCAGGGACAGGUAAAGGUGCGAUCCAUGUGUGGAACCUGUCCACCAGGAGAGCAGAAUAUGUUCUAGAAAGCCAUGCUGGCAACUCCGUUAUCUGGCUACAGACCUUCAAUGAAGGCAACACCCUCAUUAGUCAGGGACGUGACAUGCAGGUAUGCUUGUGGGAUUUGUCUGAAGGCCGCAGUACAGUGACGGACUCUCUCCUCACGGGCAGUGUGGGGUUCUGUCAGUGCUCUCUGCUGGAGACCCAUGCCGGAUCCACUUUACUGGCUCACCCUACAGAACAGAUGGAGGAAGUGAGUGUGGUGGAGAUGAAGAGCUGGACUCCAGUGUGCACUCUGAAGUCAGACUCGAAACUAGGCAUGCUCAUGUGUAUGAAGAUGUGGCAGGCAGAUUCUGGUCCGGUUCUGUGUGCUGGUUAUGAAGAUGGCUCUCUGGUGUUAUGGGAUGUUUCCAAUCGGCGUCCGUUUAGCUCUCUGAAGGCCCAUCCUGAGCCAGUCAUGUGUCUAGACAUUGACUUACACAGGCAGAAAGGCAUUUCAGGGACUUCAGAGAAUAUUCUCCACUCCUGGACACUUGACAACCAGCACAUUUUUCAGAUGCACAACUCCAGUCAUCUGACCAAUCCUGGGGUCUCCCAGGUGAGUAUCCGUGCAGAUGGCAAGAUCUUAGCAACAGCAGGCUGGGACAACAACAUCAGAGUGUUUGGUUGGAAGAAACUGAAGCCACUGGCUGUUCUGCAACAUCAUACUGACAUGGUGAAUAGUGUGGCCUUCUCAGACCAUCGGGACCCCCCACAGAGACUUUUGGCCGCAGGGUCUAAAGACCAACGGAUUAGUGUGUGGUCUAUAUAUAGCGAAGGUUGAGUCAGGCUUUGAAAGACAGAGGCCCUCUUUAACUUUUCUUCAAACAGUUUGUUGCAAAUUAUUAAUACUUUAUUUACAUACUUGAGCAUGUUGCUAAUAUAUAUUUUAAGGAAAGCGUAAAUAAGUGUAUGACUGCCAUUUAAAGGUGCUUCUACAGCAUGGUCUCAUUUAGCAGGACUGUCAUUAUUUCUAUGUCCUAAGACUACAUUAGAACACACCGUUACAUGUUUCACCCUAAACGAACAAGGUUGGAUUGGUGAAAUGCUCUCAUCACACACCAAGCAAAAACAGCCAAUAUAAACAUACUCCAUCAUCGUGUUUUGUUGCAGUUUGUCACAAAGGCCGAUAGUUAUUUAAACGUGUUGUAUUGUCAAAGGAACAGCUUAAACCAUUCACUCUGAUCUCUUUGCUUUUCUGCAGGAUGAUGUGCUUUGUUAGGUGUGUAUUUACUCUUUAAGUCGCACCUGAGCGGCAAAGUAAUCCACCGCUGUUUUUCCCAAAUCUGUCUUAGAGUUAAAGAUUGCCCUCUGGACUGACCUGCAUACAUCACGCAGGGUUAAUCACAAGGGCUCAGGCAGCACCGACAGGCCUGUUUGUUAGAAAGAUUCAUUGAGCAAGUUUUGUUUCAUUCUUCCCUUUAAGCGCAUGAGCUGAUGAAGGAGAAUAUUUUUCGUCUGAAGACAAGGCUGACCUUUGUGUUUGGAUGUGCCCACAAGACAAACUGAUUAUUUUUGCAUUUAUUCCCUUUGCUCUGUGAAUGCUGGACAGAUCUCUCACCAGAGUAGUUUCAGAAAUGAAUUUCUGGUUUAGAUUGUAAUGUUUUUCUUUUCUGAUUUAUUAUUAUUUUUUUAUUUCACUAUUCUUGUUUAUACAAAGAUUUUUAACCAACACUCUAGGUAAACAGAAUUCUAGCAUUAUUUAUACUUAUUGAAAAUGAAGUUCUUGAGUGCUCAGACAACACUCAAAGAACGCUUUACUAUUACAUUUAAAUAACUUACUGUUGAAGUCAAAAUGUACAUACACUUAGGUUGAAGUCAUUAAAACUCAUUUUUUUAACCACUUUACAGAUUUUAUAUUAGCAAACUAUAGAUUUGGCAAGUAAUUUAGGACAUCUACUUUAUGCAUAAAAUGAGUAAGUUUUCCAACAAUUGUUUACUGACAGAUUGUUUAACUAUAUCACAAUUCCAGUGGGUCAUAAGUUUACAUAUACUAAGUUACUGUGACUUUAAGCAGCUUGGAAAAUUCCAGAAAUUAUGUCAUUAUAUAUAAUUAGCUUCUGAUGGGAGGUGUGCUGAAUUUGUGUACCUGUGGAUGUAUUUUAAGGCCUACCUUCAUUAUCAGUGCCUCUUUGCUUGACAUCAUGGGAAAAUCAAAAGAAAUCAGCCUAGACCUAAAAACAAUUGUGCACCUACACAAGUCUGGUUUAUCUUUGUGAGCAAUUUCCAAAUGCCUGAAAUUACCAUGUUCAUCUGUGCAAACAAUAGUACGCAAUUAUAAACACCAUGAGACCACGCAGCCAUCAUAAUGCUCAGGAAAGAGCCUUCUGUCUCCUAUAGAUGAGCGUAGUUUGGUGCGAAAAGUGCAAAUCAAUCCAAGAACAACAGCAAAGGACCUUGUGAAGAUGCUGGAGGAAACAGGUAGACAAGUAUUUAUAUCCACAGUAAAAUGAGUCCUAUAUUGAUAUAAUCUAAAAGACUGCUCUGCUAGGAUGAAGCCAGUGCUCCAACAGUUUGCAAGUGCACAUGGUGACAAAGAUCUUACUUUUUGGAGAACUCUGAUCUGAUUAACGUUUUGGCCAUAAUGACCAUUGUUAUGUUUGGAGGAAAAAGGGUGAGACUUGCAAGCUAAAGAACACCACCCCAACAGUGAAGCAUGGGGGUGGAAGCAUCAUGUUGUAGGGGUGCUUUGCUGCAGGAGGGACUGGUGCCCUUCACAAAAUAGAUGACAUCAUGAGGAAGGAAACUUGUGUGUGUAUAUAUUUAAGCAACAUCUUAAGACAUCAGCCAUGAAGUUAAAGCUCAGUCGAAAAUCGGUCUUCCAAAUGGACAAUGACCUGAAGCAUACCUCCAAAAGUUGUGGCAAAAUGGCUUAAGGACAACAAAGUCAAGGUAUUGUAGUGGCCAUCACAAAGCCCUGACCUCAAUCUGAUAGAAAAUGUGUGGGUAGAACUGAAAAAGCAUGUGCAAGCAAGGAGGACUGCAAACCUGACUCAAUUACACCGGUUCUGUCUGGGGGAAUGGGCCAGAAAUCCAGCAACUUAUUGUGAGACGCUUGUGUAAGGCUACCCAAAAUGUUUGAAAGAUUAAAUGUUUUGAAAUGCUAUGUGAUGAAAGAAUUAAAACUGGAAAUAAAUUAUUCUCU